CAGACAACAUCCUUUGACUUUUCAAACAUUAUUCUCUCAUAAGAGUCUGUCAUCAUCGCUCCUCUCAGUCACAGCUUCCGUGGACACAGAGAGAAGAGCAAAGGACACCUUUUAACCUUUUUGAAUUACUUUUCCGUCGUGUAUCUAGGAUGGGAACCUACUGCUUCUAUUUACAUCUGGAAGUCUACUGAUGCACCUGUUGAUCGAGGAAAACUCUGCGUUUGUAAGAAUGAACAAAGUUGCUGUGAUGAAGUCUGAUAAUCUGCUUCGUUUGGAGGACAACAGAAGAGCAGAGGAGAGGAGCAGGUUGAACUGUGCAGACUUACCUCAGACCAGUUUAACAGACGGACAGAACACAGACCUGCUGCAAUGCCAGGACUCCACUGACAACAGCUCUACUAACAAGUACAGAAGAUAUGGGUCUCGUCUGGGUGGGGUCAAAGUUCGCCACAAGAGACAGGUGCUGCAGGACAUGGCUCGACCCCUCAAACAUUGGCUGUACAAACACCGAGACAACCCUUACCCCACCAAGACUGAGAAGGUCCUGCUGGCUCUGGGCUCACAUAUGACACUAGUACAGGUUUCCAACUGGUUUGCAAAUGCUCGGCGGAGGCUGAAAAACACAGUGAGACAGCCGGACCUGAGCUGGGCCCUGAGGAUCAAACUUUAUAAUAAAUACAUCCAGGGAAACGCUGAAAGGCUGAGCGUAUGCAGUGAUGACACUGACUCAGAUGAUGAAGAGUGUCCCUUACAAACUCCUAUCAGCCAGUCAAAUUUUGGCAGGUCAUCCUCCCACAAGAGCGUGCUCGAGAAACAGGGCAGUGUCCUCGCCAUGGCUGACUCCGCCAACAGUGACGACAGCACGUCGCCUCCAUCCAAGUACAAGAGCAGUUUACUGAAUCGGUAUCUGAACGACACCCUGCGGCACAUGAUGGCAGCGAAGGCUGAUGGCGUCACCUCAUCCCGCAAGAGGAGGAGCCACUCUGAGUCCUUCAGCUCCAACGAAUGUGAUCGAGAUGUUGUCUCUCCGGCUUCGUCCUAUGAAACAGAAACCAACUUUGUCUACCACAUGGAUACAAUGGACUAUACUUCACCUAAAUGUGACAGGGACCAGCAGCAGGACAGAGGCCAGCAGAGGCGAGAUGUCCAAGGCUGGAGGGAGAUCCAUGCUGCCGUGGCUCUGACCAACUUGGCUCAGGGGCAGAGCCACACAGGGGACCAGAGCAGUGUUAUGGUGCCAGUCGCUGCCACAGGGCAGAGCUGCACCCAUGAGCCCUUCUCUGUAAUGAGAACCACUAUCAUAGACAGGAUGUGUGUUACGGGACCCACCCCUGCUUUGAGGCAGAGCUGCACCGCAGGGCCCACCCUCACCAGCCGCAUCAUCCAGAAGUCCUCUCAUAUCUCUGAGGUCCAGACUGUCAAAGUGGCCUUGGCAAACAGUGUGUAGGCAUUAAACGUGAGUGCCUGCCUUAAGCACAUUGUUCCAUAUAGGAAUACCAGAUGCUUAAGUGCCUUGCAAUAUAUGUACAGCCUCUGUUAUUUUGUAAUAAUAAACUUUGACAUUUUCAAUCAUUUUUACAUUGUAAAAUCGAAAAAAUAACCUAACACAGUUUAAUUUUCUACUGUUUUUUCUAUGUUCCUAAUGUCCUCCUAUUGCCCUCUGUUGCAGUAAGUUAUAUUAACUUCAAUGAGACUGGAUCAUCAUCCAAUGCUGAAGUUUGACAGCAGCUAUUUGAAUAAACCCAAUGUGAAAUCUUUU